AUGAAAAACUACACAAUAACAACAUUCAUACUGCUGGGACUGACAGAUGACUCUAAGCUGCAAGUUUUGAUUUUUAUCUUUCUAUUUCUCACCUACAUGCUGAGCAUAACUGGGAAUGUUACCAUCAUCACCCUAACCUUUGUGGAUCCCCAUCUUAAAACACCAAUGUACUUUUUUUUACAAAACUUCUCCUUCUUAGAGAUCUCAUUCACAACUGCCUGUGUUCCCAAAUACUUAUAUAACAUAGCAACAGGUGAUAAGACCAUUACAUAUAAUGCUUGUGUCAUCCAAGUAUUUUUCACUGACCUCUUUGCAGUAACAGAAUUUUUCCUCCUGGCCGCCAUGUCCUAUGAUCGCUACGUGGCCAUCUGCAAACCCCUGCAUUAUGUGAGCAUCAUGAGCACCAGAGUGUGCAGGAGACUUGUUUUUUACUGUUGGUUGUCUGGGUUGCUGGUCAUAACCUCCCCACUUAGUCUGGGGCUGAAUCUGAAAUUCUGUGACUCAAAUGUCAUUGAGCAUUUUCUCUGUGAUGCUUCUCCCCUCCUGAAGAUAUCAUGUUCAGACACAUGGUUCAUGGAACAAACUGUUUUAAUCUGUGCUGUGCUGACCCUCAUAUUGACCCUUAUGUGUGUAGUUCUAUCUUAUAGUUCUAUUAUCAAGACAAUUUUAGGAUUCUCAUCUGCCCAACAAAGGAAAAAGGCCUUUUCCACCUGUUCUUCCCACCUGAUUGUGGUUUCCAUCACCUACGGCACAUGCAUGUUCAUCUAUAUAAAUCCCACAGCAAAAGAAGAAGUGACUAUUAAUAAAGUGGUUUCCCUACUUAUUUCAUCUAUUUCACCUAUGUUAAAUCCAUUCAUUUAUACCCUGAGAAAUAAGCAGGUGAAGAAAGCCUUCAAGAACUUGAUGAAAAGAAUUGCUUCAUUUUUAAAUAAGUAA